GUAUGCUAUGAUGAAAACUUUAUAACCUAAACAUUGUGCAACUGCUAAAUGAUAUUUUGUUGAAAAUGUUUAAAUUUAAUACAAUUAAUGCAAAAUAAGUAGUUCAUUAAAAUUACUUACACUAUUUCUCCAAAAGGAACUAUUGCAUAAGAGACAUAAAAAAGCACGUUACCAAAAUGGUGCAACAGAAAUAUCACAUUCCACGUUUAAGUCCCAAACAUUUAUAUCCAAAAUGCUUGAUGUUUUCUAUGUUUACUGCAAAUGAUAUAAGAAAUUUAAGUGUUACUAAAAUAAGGACACCUUUGUCAUUUAAUAUUUUAGGACAUCCACUGAAAGGAGGUUUAUAUGAUCCAGCAUUAGGUCCACUUUUUGAAAGUUCAGAUCCAUGUGGAACAUGUGGGUGUAAUGUAUUUAAGUGUCCAGGUCAUUUUGGGCAUAUUGAGUUACCUAUGCCAGUUGUAAAUCCAUUAUUUCAUAGAGGAUUAUGUAUGUUAAUUAAAUUAUCAUGCUUAAACUGUUUUAAUUUACAAAUUCCACCUUAUGUAAAGUUAUUAUUAUCUGCAAAAUUGAAAUUGCUUCAGCAAGGAUAUCUCAGUGAUCUUGAAGGUUUAGAACAAGAAGUAAUGACUGUUGCCUUAUGUUCAAGUGACCCUUAUAAUGUUGAUAUGCAAUCUGUUCAAAAUGUUAUUGAGAAUUAUACUGAAAAUCUCCUCAAUAGACCAAGAUUUAAUCAAUCUUUUUCGCAAUACAAUGAAAUUCAACUAAAUACUAAAAAUAUUAAUACACAGUGCCACGCAUAUGUUGAAAAUGUUCUUAAACAAUAUACAACACUAAAAGUUUGUGUAACUUGUCAAGAACCCAUACCAAGAAUAACAACCUUAAAAAAUAAAAUUAUGACAACUAAGAUUGCUGAUGCACCUAAUGAGACAAUACAAUCACGUGGAAUAAUACAUAAACUAGAUACAGUCAUGAUAAUGCCAGAUCAAUCUAAAGAGUACCUCAGGAAACUUUGGCAAAAUGAAAAAGAUUUUCUGAAAGUAAUUAUACCAUGUUUUGGGAUGGUAGAUAUUGAAUAUCCAACUGAUAUAUUCUUUUUUGAAGUAAUACCAGUUUUACCACCUAUAGUUAGACCAGUUAAUUUUGUUAAUGGGCAAAUGAUAGAACAUCCACAAUCUCAAGUUUACAAGAGUAUCAUUCAAGAUUGUCUUGUGCUUCGAAAUAUCAUUCAAACAAUUCAAGAUGGUGAUACAGAUCAGCUACCAGAAGAAGGUAAACUUGUUUUUGAACAAAUAAAAGGUAAUACAGCAGUUGAAAAACUACAUAAUGCUUGGCAAAAUUUGCAAGUAAAUGUAGAUCAUUUAAUGGAUCGUGACAUGAACAAAACUGCUGAUUCUGCAAAUUGUCAGGGAUUAAAACAAGUUAUAGAAAAAAAAGAGGGAAUUAUCAGAAUGCACAUGAUGGGUAAAAGAGUUAAUUUUGCUGCUCGUUCAGUUAUUACUCCAGAUCCUAAUUUGAACAUAGAUGAAAUUGGAAUUCCAGAAGCUUUUGCAUUGAGAUUAACAUAUCCAAUACCUGUUACACCUUGGAAUGUUGUACAGUUAAGGCAAUUAGUUUUAAAUGGUCCUAAUAUCCAUCCUGGUGCAGUAAUGAUUGAACAUGAAGAUGGAAGCAUACAACGCAUUUCUACUAAGGAUUCUGUUCAAAGAGAAGCUAUUGCAAAACGUCUUUUAACAACAAGUGACAAAGCUAAUAAAUUUUUUAAAGGCAUUAAAAUUGUACACAGACAUUUACAAAAUGGAGAUAUCUUGUUACUAAAUCGUCAACCAACUUUACAUAAACCCAGUAUUAUGGCUCAUAAAGCACGUAUUUUAAAGGGAGAAAAAACAUUACGUUUACAUUAUGCUAAUUGUAAGGCUUAUAAUGCAGACUUUGAUGGUGAUGAAAUGAAUGCACAUUAUCCUCAAAAUGAAUUAGCCAGAAGUGAAGGAUAUAAUAUUGCCAAUGUGUCUAAUCAAUAUCUUGUACCUAAAGAUGGUACACCACUAAGUGGUCUUAUUCAAGAUCAUAUGGUUUCUGGUGUUCGUUUAACAACAAGAGGAACAUUCUAUUCACGUGAAGACUAUAUGCAAUUAGUCUAUACUGCUCUAUCUACAAUACAAGAUAAUAUAAUUCUUCUUCCUCCUAGUAUUAUAAAACCAGAACCUUUAUGGUCUGGAAAACAAAUUGUAUCAACUGUGAUUAUUAAUGUUAUUCCACCAAAUCAAGCACGUAUUAAUUUAACUGCAAAUGCAAAAAUUAGUGCAAAGGAAUGGCAAGUUGGAAAAGCACGACAUUGGAAAUGUGGUACUAUAUUUUCAGAUCCUAAAACAAUGUCAGAAGCUGAAGUAGUAAUACGAAAUGGAGAGUUGUUAUGUGGUGUGCUUGAUAAAACACAUUAUGGUGCAACUCCAUUUGGUCUUAUACAUUGUGUCUUUGAAUUAUAUGGAGGAAUGUGUUCCACUAAAUUAUUAAGUGCUUUUGGUAAAUUGUUUCAAGCUGCUUUACAGAGAAAUGGGUUUACGCUUGGUGUUGAAGAUAUUUUAUUGUUAAAGAAAGCAGAUAAGAAACGUAAAGAAAUUAUUUCUAAUUGUAGAAAAAUUGGAGAAGACAUCCAGAAGUCAAUACUAGAACUACCUAGUGAUACACCUGUGGAUAUAGUUACAUCUAAAAUGGAAGAAUCUUAUUGGAGUAAUCCUAAAUUUCGCGCUCAAGUCGAUCGAAAAUACAAAAGUGCUCUAGAUGUUUAUACCAAUGAUAUAAAUAAAAUAUGUUUACCAGCUGGUCUUUUGAAAAAGUUUCCAAGUAAUAAUUUACAAUUAAUGGUUCAAUCUGGGGCAAAAGGUUCCACUGUAAAUACUAUGCAGAUAUCUUGUUUACUUGGACAAAUUGAAUUGGAAGGAAAAAGGCCACCUUUAAUGAUCAGUGGGAAAAGUCUUCCAAGCUUUCCUGCAUAUGACCCAACACCAAGAGCUGGUGGUUUUAUUGAUGGUAGGUUUAUGACAGGAAUUAAACCUCAAGAAUUCUUUUUUCACUGUAUGGCUGGUCGUGAGGGUCUCAUUGAUACUGCUGUAAAAACUAGUAGAUCGGGAUAUUUACAAAGAUGUCUUAUUAAACAUCUUGAAGGAUUAAUUAUUAAUUAUGAUUCAACAGUACGAGAUUCAGAUGGUAGUUUAGUACAGAUUUAUUAUGGAGAAGAUGGACUUGAUAUACCAGGUUCACGAUUCUUAAGAAACGAACAAUUACAGUUCUUGAUAGAUAAUAAACAUGCAAUUGUAAAUGAAGAAGUGGUAAAGAAUCUAAAAGAGGUAUCAGAUACAGACAAGAUUUUAAAAUUGGUGAAAAGAAUUAAAAAAUGGGAAAAUAAAAAUGGAAGUGCAUUACAGAAGAGAAGAAUUAGCCCAUUUACAAGAUAUUCAAGAGAAAAUAUGAAUAUUAAGGGUUCAAAAUAUAAGGAAAUUGAUAAGAAUAGUGGGAGAAACAAAGCUGCUCUUUCAUAUAUGAGAAAGUGGAUAAGAACUACUGAAGAGGAUAAAAAAUGGAUUUAUUCUGAAUGCACAAGAUGCCCCGAUACAGUAAUGUCAAAAUAUAGACAAGAUAUAGACUUUGGUGUACUUUCUGAACGAUUAGAGAAUUUAAUAGAUGAUUAUAUAGCCAGUAAAUCUAAUAAUUCUACUAUAAAAAAGAAAGAUUUAAGAGAUCUCUUGUCUAUGAAAGUAAUGAAAAUUGUUUGCCCACCUGGUGAACCAGUAGGUUUAUUAGCAGCACAAUCAAUAGGAGAACCAUCAACUCAAAUGACAUUAAACACUUUCCACUUUGCUGGUCGUGGAGAAAUGAAUGUUACAUUGGGUAUACCUAGAUUACGUGAAAUACUUAUGAUGGCAUCCAAAAAUAUUAAAACACCUAGCAUGGAAAUACCAUUCCAAAAAAAUAUUAAAAAUUUAACAAAACGCUCUAAUAAAUUAAAAUUAAAAUUGACAAAGUGCGUUUUAUCAAAUGUUGUAGAUAAUAUUAGUAUAAAUAGGAAAAUGGAGCAAUGGCCAAAUAGACAAUUAAUAUAUACUAUGACUAUUAAUUAUCUUCCACAUAAAUCUUACAAAGGGGAAUUUUGUGUUCAGCCACAAGCAAUAUUAAGGAGAACUGAAGAAGUAUUUUUCAGAGAAAUAUUUAAAGAGAUUAAAAAGGUUGCUAAAGUAACAGGAACUUUAUUACACAUUGAAGACGAAAAAAAAACCAUGUAUGAAGAUGACGCUUUAUUGGAUCAAGCAGAACCCGAUGAUGAGACAGAAUCUGCAUUGAAACCACGAACGAAUUUAGGGGAAAUGCAUGAGUCUUCGGAUGAAGAAACAGCAGCAGAGGAUGCAGAUGCAACUCUAACGCGAACAAUUUCGCGCCACAAAGAAAAUCAAGAAUAUGAAGAUCCAGAAGAAGAUGAAAUUGAAGACAUAAAUGAAAAUGCAGAAGAAAUGACAGAAAAUGAAGAUGACGAUGAAAAUGAAAAUGAAAAUGAAACUUUAAAAUCUAAGAGCCAACAGCAAACAGAAAAUGAAAAUUAUGAUGUAGAAAGUGAAAGAUUAGAAGAUGGUGAUGAAACAUAUAAUACACAAAAAAAAAGGAAUGUUGUAAGCAGGUAUACUCAUGCAACAGAAUAUGAUUAUGAUGAGGACAAAUUUACAUGGUCUAAAUUAACAUUCUGGUUACCUCUUAAAAUGUUAAAAUUAGACUUACCAACAAUAAUUAGAAAUGUUGCGAACAAAGUUAUUUUAUGGGAAGUACCUUGUAUAAAACGUGCUUUUACAUUCCAAAAUAAUGAUGGAGAAACAAUUCUUAAAACUGAUGGUAUUAAUAUUAUAGAGAUGUUUAAAUAUGAUUCAACUUUAAAUUUAAACAAAUUGUAUUCUAAUGACAUUUAUGGUAUUUCUCAAACAUAUGGUAUUGAAGCUGCUAAUAGAGUCAUUAUAAAAGAAGUAAGAGAUGUAUUUAAAAUGUAUGGGAUCACAGUUGAUUCUAGACAUUUAUCUUUAAUUGCGGAUUAUAUGACAUUUGAUGGAACAUUUCAACCGCUUAGUCGUAAAGGAAUGGAAGAUUCUGCAUCUCCUUUACAACAAAUGAGCUUUGAAAGUUCUCUUAAUUUUUUGAAAAAUGCAACUUUGCAAGGAAAGCAAGAUAACUUAGUAUCUCCUUCUAGUCGAUUAAUGUUAGGUCAACCUUGCAAAUCAGGGACAGGAGCAUGUUCGUUAUUAUUAAAAAUACAAAAACAACCAGAAACUACUUUAUCAGUAGGUGCUUAAUUAUACAAAUAUUAAGUAUCAUCGUUGAUUGUAAGUUGAAAAUAAUAUACUAAUUAUAUGAAUUGUGAAAAAAUUUCACAUCAUUAGACUAUAAAGUAAACAAUAAUUAUACUGUACAUAUAUAUUUUUAUAAGCGGAUUACA